GGGCCGCCUCGGAAACCGCCCGGAGCGAAAGAGAAAACGGCAGGCGGCGCAGCGUUACCAGACUCGUCCUCCCCCGAAGAAGCCGAAGCCCCUCCGAUUUUCUCUCGCCUAGGGUUCCGCCGCGCUCCUCCGCCGAACUCGAAGCCGCCAUGCCUCGGUACUACUGCGACUACUGCGACACGUACCUGACGCACGACUCGCCAUCAGUUAGAAAGCAGCACAAUGCAGGAUACAAGCACAAGGCGAAUGUGCGUAUUUACUACCAGCAAUUCGAGGAGCAGCAAACUCAAAGUUUAAUCGACCAAAGGAUUAAGGAACACUUGGGGCAAGCAGCAGCUUUCCAGCAAGUUGGCGCCGCUUAUAAUCAGCAUCUUAUGGCUCAGAGGCCUCGAUUACCUAUACUACCAACGCCUAUGAUGCCCAUGGGAGCGAAUGUGCAGAUGCCUAUGAAUUCUCCUUUAGCCCCCGGAAUGAGGCCGCCUGUUUUGCCUAGGCCACCCCCUGGUGCUCCAGGCUAUAAUCCUCCCUCAACAAUGCCUUCAAUGGUGCCACCCCCUGGUGCUCCCUCUAUCCCUCAAAUGAAUGGCAUGCUAAGGCCUCCUACAUUCAACGUGCCUCCUAACUUUCCUGGGAGUGGAACAACCCCAACCUCUUCUGGCAGCACCUCCUCAAUGGCACCACUUCCUGCCUAUCAAACAAAUCCUGCCGGACCAAAUAGUGGAGGCUUUGACAGUUUUAAUCCCAACUCUAAAGCUCCUGAUGCUAGUCAUUAGUUUUGUUUGGCAGCUAGUUAAAAGCAGGAUUUGUGUUCAUGGUGUAACCAAUUGAUGCCUUUUGGACUGUUGAGGGGUGCUUAUAGGAUGUCAAAGUAAUGAGUUAUGUGCAAUGCUAUCACUCUGUAGACAAUGAGUAUAGUCUAAACCAUCUUCUUCUGAUUUGGAACUCGAUUCUGGAUCAUGGUUCGGCUGUUGAGACUGUUUAUAUAAUCUGGGGAGCCCUCGACUUAGGAAAACACCCUUUCCUGUUGCUGAAUGGGACUCUGCGGUUUUAUGAUCCUAUGAUCAUACUUGUCUUCACAUCCCAAUUGCCAUGUCUGAGUUUCACUAUGUAUAUGUGAAGCAUUUUGAUGGAGCCGAUUAUGCUUUAUGUUGUUGAGAUUGUAUUUUCUUGGUCAACCCUAGUUGAUCAUAUAUGGGAAAAAUGACACAAAUAGUCCCCAAACAAGUUUCAUUGUGGAAGUCGUAAAGGAGAUGAGGGACCUCAAGAGCAGAAUCAGCGCAAUUCUCUUGAGGUACUUGAUUUUCUUAAAGAUGGUAGUCUAUGUACACAGUCUUUUCGCUUGUGGUUAGAACUUUUUUGUUUCCUUAGAGACGAAGUGAAGAUAGAUAUGGAAGAGUUUGUUGGUAGAAGUGGUAAAAGAGACAAGGGACUGCAGGAUCAGAAUCAGAGAAACCGGUAAUGGUUGGAACAUUUCCAUUUCCGCUAUUUUUUGUAAUAUGAUUGGCUUGAUCCGUGAGACCAAGUUUUAGGUAUUUUGUCCUAGUAUCUUUUCUUGGAAGACCAAAAGACUGUCCAUUAUUCUUGACUUAGGUUUUGGAGUUUAUUUGAUUAUUUAAGUUACGUUUGUGCAGUUCCUGCCAAUUGCCAGAUUUUAUCAUGCUAUCCUUUUACUAUUUA